GUGGAAGUUGGGGCUUCUAGCAUUAUACUCGAUAAUCGAGAGCAAGAGAUACAAGUUGAGCAAAAUGACUCGACGACCAAUGACGUCAUUACAACGAUGGGUACAGUGGCUACCGAGGAAGUUGGUAGUCUCGAAGUCGCUUUCCUAUAUGAUGCCCCAAUGCGUGAGAUGACGGUUCACGUGUUACAAGGGCGGAAUUAUCCUGCCGGCAUUAACGGCAGUCAGGUACGGCUAGUCCUGCUACCGUCGAAGAAGCAAAGGCGCAAGACGCGGGUUCGGCAGGGGACGUCUCCGCAGUACAUGGAAAGCUUUUUGCUUCCUCGUGUAAAUCCCGAGGAUGUAAACGCAAUGGGAGUGCGGCUCAGAGUGUACCUGUGGGGCGGCAGAAUGAUGCGCCGGGAAAGACUGUUGGGCGAGGCCAGAGUGUCCUUCGAUCAGAUCAAUCUCCAGUUGGAGACGACCCUCUGGUUGACUCUUCAACCACCACUUUCUUCCUCGGCACAGGACUGGGGAACCACCAGCAGUCUGACUCGCAGCGACUCCACGGGAUCUCAACAAUCGGUCCAGUCGUACGCCUCUCCGGCUAUACCGCCUUACGGCAGCAGCAUGAAGGGGGGCAGCGUCGCGGAGAUCCUAAUCGGCUUGGCGUACAAUGGCACGACAGGUCGCUUAUCGGUCGAAAUAAUCAAGGGUUCCCACUUCCGCGGUGGGGGCGGAAACGACACGAAGCCUCCCGACACUUACGUCAAAUUGGCUCUCAUCGAUACCAACAAUCACGAAAUGGGCCGAUCUAAGACCGGUUUGAAACGCGCCCAGCCGAAUCCCCUCUACAAGGAGACUUUUAUAUUUCAG